UCUUUAGAUAGAGAAACAAGUUCAACUUUGCUUUUCAGUAUAUAAAUCCUUCCAUUUCCGUAGUGAGAGAGAACCAAAAACAAAAAGUGCACAAGAGAGAAACGGAGAGGAACUCUCUCUACAAGAUUUGAACCAUUUGCUGUUUUCCCUGCUUCCUUUAGAAUUUCCAUUGAAGCUUUGUACCCAUCGUUUUGGCCUCUCUCCGAUCCGGGUCGCCGAGUUCCGGUAUAUCGCGACUCGGUCCUGCCUCGGAUGAGCUAGUAUCGAAGAUCGCUGCGCAUUAAUCGCCAUGUCUGCUCCUGUGAACAUUAUUGUUGGCUCUCAUGUCUGGGUUGAAGAUCCAGCACAAGCAUGGAUUGAUGGAGAAGUAUUCAAAAUCAAUGGCAAACAAGUCCAUGUUCGCACCACAGAUGGGAAGACAGUUGUCACAAAUAUGUCAAAGGUUUUUCCCAAGGAUAAUGAAGCUCCUCCUGGAGGUGUUGAUGACAUGACAAAACUGUCAUAUUUGCAUGAGCCUGGAGUUCUGCACAACUUGGCAACAAGAUAUGAGCUAAAUGAAAUCUAUACAUAUACUGGAAAUAUUCUGAUUGCCAUAAACCCAUUUCAAAGAUUACCCCAUCUGUAUGAUACUCACAUGAUGGAACAGUACAAAGGAGCUGCAUUUGGAGAGUUGAGUCCCCAUGUUUUUGCAGUUGCAGAUGUUGCAUACAGAGCAAUGAUCAAUGAGGGUAAAAGCAACUCGAUCUUGGUCAGUGGUGAAAGCGGUGCUGGUAAGACAGAGACAACGAAGAUGCUCAUGCGAUAUCUUGCUUACCUAGGGGGGCGAUCUGGAGUAGAAGGGCGAACAGUUGAACAGCAAGUUCUGGAAUCUAAUCCAGUUCUUGAAGCAUUUGGCAAUGCAAAAACAGUUCGAAAUAAUAACUCAAGUCGUUUUGGUAAAUUUGUUGAGAUCCAAUUUGAUCACAAGGGAAGAAUCUCGGGGGCAGCCAUACGAACGUACUUGCUUGAGAGGUCUCGUGUUUGUCAAAUUUCAGAUCCUGAAAGAAAUUACCAUUGCUUUUACCUUCUUUGUGCUGCACCAGCUGAGGUAAAAGAGAAGUAUAAACUCGGAAGUCCUAGUUCCUUCCAUUACUUAAAUCAAUCAAAGUGCUAUGAAUUGGAUGGAGUGGAUGAUGCAGAUGAAUAUCUCGCUACUCGAAGGGCAAUGGAUAUUGUUGGAAUUAGUGAGGAAGAGCAGGAAGCAAUUUUUAGGGUUGUGGCAGCAAUUCUUCACCUUGGGAAUAUUGAAUUCUCAAAAGGAGAGGAGAUUGACUCUUCUGUCAUCAAAGAUGAGAAGUCUAGAUUCCAUCUUAACAUGACUGCUGAACUUCUUAGGUGUGAUGCUAAGAGUUUGGAAGAUGCAUUGAUCCAACGUGUGAUGGUAACACCUGAGGAAGUUAUUACAAGGACCCUAGAUCCUAUUGCAGCUGUUGGUAGCAGGGAUGCAUUGGCUAAAACCAUUUAUUCACGCUUAUUUGAUUGGCUUGUGGAAAAAAUUAACAUUUCAAUAGGGCAAGAUCCAAAUUCAAAAUCUAUCAUUGGAGUUCUUGAUAUCUAUGGAUUUGAGAGUUUUAAGUUCAACAGUUUUGAGCAGUUUUGUAUUAAUUUUACAAAUGAAAAGCUGCAACAACAUUUUAAUCAGCAUGUCUUUAAAAUGGAACAAGAAGAAUAUACCAAAGAAGAGAUUGAUUGGAGUUACAUUGAGUUUGUCGAUAACCAAGAUGUUUUGGAUCUAAUUGAGAAGAAACCUGGAGGAAUAAUAGCACUCCUUGAUGAGGCCUGUAUGUUUCCUAAGUCCACACAUGAAACAUUUGCUCAGAAGUUGUACCAGACAUUCAAAAACAACAAACGCUUUGUCAAACCCAAACUUUCUCGUACAAGUUUCACCAUAUGUCAUUACGCAGGGGAGGUACUCUACCAGGCUGAUAUGUUUCUCGACAAAAACAAGGAUUAUGUGGUUGCAGAACAUCAGGCUCUACUGACAGCCUCAGAAUGCUCGUUUGUGGCUGGUCUAUUCCCACCUUCUCAAGAGGAGUCAUCAAAAUCAUCCAAAUUCUCAUCAAUUGGAUCACGCUUCAAGUUACAACUUCAAUCUUUGAUGGAGACCUUAAGUUCAACAGAUCCUCACUAUAUCAGAUGUGUGAAACCAAACAAUGUCCUCAAGCCUGCUAUUCUUGAAAAUGUCAACAUUAUCCAACAAUUGCGCUGUGGUGGUGUGCUUGAGGCAAUUAGAAUCAGCUGUGCUGGAUAUCCUACUAGACGGACCUUUUAUGAGUUUCUUAACCGAUUUGGUGUUCUUGCCCCUGAAGUUUUGGAUGGAAACUAUGAUGAUAAAGUCGCAUGCCAAAUUAUCCUAGAUAAAAUGGGUUUGAAAGGCUACCAGAUAGGCAAGACAAAGGUUUUCCUAAGAGCUGGUCAGAUGGCUGAGCUGGAUGCAAGAAGAGCUGUGGUGCUUGGAAAUGCAGCAAGAACUAUCCAAAGACAAAUAUGCACCUAUAUUGCACGCAAGGAGUUCAUUGAAUUGCGGCAAGCUGCAAUUUACUUGCAAUCUAACUUGCGAGGCAUAUUGGCUCGGAAGCUGUAUGAGCAGUUGCGGCGUGAAGCAGCAGCUGUGAAGAUAGAGAAGAAUUUCAGAGGAUACAUUGCAAGGAAAUCUUACCUAACAGCACGAUCAUCUGCAAUCACAUUACAGACAGGUUUAAGGGCUAUGAAGGGCCGUGAUGAAUUUAGAUUUAGAAAGCGAACAAAGGCUGCAAUUAUUGUACAGGCUCGCUUGCGUCAACAUAUUGCACGUUCUUAUUAUAGAAGACUGCAGAAAGCUGCAAUUGUUACUCAAUGUGGCUGGAGGAGAAGGGUUGCUAGGAGGGAACUCAGAAAACUUAAAAUGGCUGCAAGAGAAACAGGGGCUCUUCAAGAGGCAAAGAACAAACUAGAAAAGCGUGUUGAGGAACUUACAUGGCGUUUACAAAUUGAAAAGCGUUUGAGAACUGAUUUGGAAGAGGAAAAAGCACAAGAAAUUGCCAAGUUAAAGGAUGCAUUGCAUGCGAUGCAAAUGCAAGUUGAAGAAGCAAAUGCCAAAGUCCUCAAAGAACGUGAGGCUGCUCGGAAAGCAAUUGAAGAAGCACCCCCAGUUAUCAAGGAGACUCCUGUAAUAAUUCAGGAUACUGAAAAGCUUAAUUCCUUGAUGGCUGAAGUCAAUAGUUUGAAGGAGUCAUUGAUAACAGAAAGAGGGGCUAAAGAAGAGGCCAGAAAAGCUCAUGCAGAUGCUGAGGCUAGAAAUGCAGAGCUGGUUAAGAAAGUAGAAGAUUCUAGUCGCAAAGUGGAUCAACUUCAGGAAUUGGUUCAAAGAUUGGAAGAAAAAAUAUCCAAUUCAGAGUCAGAAAACCAAGUUCUUCGCCAGCAAGCAUUGGCUGUAUCACCAACUGGAAAAGCUCUAUCUGUGAGACCAAGGACUGUGAUUAUACAGAGGACGCCAGAAAAUGGAAAUGCUUUAAAUGGACCUGCAAUGGAUAUGACUCUUGCAGUAUCAAAUGUACGUGAACCUGAAUCUGAGGGCAAGCCACAAAAAUCUCUCAAUGAGAAACAGCAAGAAAACCAGGACUUGUUGAUCAAGUGCAUAUCACAAGAUUUGGGAUUUUCUGGUGGCAAACCGAUUGCUGCAUGCAUGAUCUAUAAAUGUCUUCUUCACUGGAGAUCAUUUGAAGUUGAAAGAACAAGUGUUUUUGACCGUAUCAUUCAAACAAUAUCCUCAGCUGUUGAGGCACAGGAUAAUGCUGAUAUGUUAGCCUACUGGUUGUCUAAUACAUCAACUUUGUUGUUGCUUCUCCAACGCACUCUCAAAGCAAGUGGGGCAGCUAGCUUAACACCACAAAGACGGAGAACAGCCUCAGCUUCUCUGUUUGGAAGAAUGUCUCAAGGGCUACGGGCAUCUCCUCAAAGUGCUGGUUUGCCAUUUCUAAAUGGUAGAGGGCUCAGUAGACUGGAUGAUUUAAGGCAAGUGGAAGCAAAAUACCCCGCUUUGCUGUUCAAGCAGCAGCUUACGGCCUUCCUAGAAAAAAUAUAUGGAAUGAUAAGAGACAACCUUAAGAAGGAGAUAUCUCCAUUACUUGGAUUGUGUAUACAGGCUCCAAGAACUUCACGUCAAGGUUUGGUGAAAGGACGCUCACAUGCUAAUGCAGUUGCACAACAAGCUUUAAUUGCUCACUGGCAAAAAAUUGUGAACAGCUUAAACAACUCUCUGAAGAUAAUGAAAGCAAACUAUGUGCCCCCGUUCUUGGUCUGUAAAGUGUUCACUCAAAUAUUCUCAUUCGUUAAUGUUCAACUAUUCAACAGUCUUCUGUUGCGUCGUGAGUGUUGUUCAUUCAGUAAUGGGGAGUAUGUAAAGACAGGUUUGGCUGAAUUAGAACAGUGGUGUAAUGAGGCAACAGAGGAGUAUGCUGGUUCAGCUUGGGAGGAACUGAAGCAUAUCAGGCAGGCUGUUGGGUUCUUGGUGAUACAUCAAAAACCCAAGAAGACCUUGAAUGAAAUUACAAAGGAGCUUUGUCCUGUUCUCAGCAUACAACAGUUAUACAGGAUCAGUACAAUGUACUGGGAUGAUAAAUAUGGCACGCACAGCGUGUCUUCAGAUGUUAUUGCAAAAAUGAGAGUCAUGAUGUCUGAAGACUCUGGCAAUGCUGUCAGCAGCUCUUUCCUACUGGAUGAUGACUCAAGCAUCCCGUUCUCAGUAGAUGACAUCUCCAAAUCCAUGCAACAAGUUGAUGUAUCUGACGUGGAUCCUCCUCCAUUAAUACGCGAGAACUCAGGAUUCGGGUUCCUUCUAGCACGUUCAGAGUGAUACAAAAUAUUCAUGUCAAUUAUUGCUCUUCGUCUCUUUGGCUCUCCCAGUACAACACAAAUUGCAGGUUCUAAAAAUUGUUUAUAUAAUCUCUUUGAUGGUAAUAUGUACAGUAUACUUUCACCAACCCAGGCUUCUGAUAUUGGUUUGUUGCCUGGGUUACUUCAUUUUUACCCCUCAAGUUUUAUCGACAAAGAGGGUUUCUACUUUUUCCUUUUGUUAAAGCCAUGUUUGCAUGGGUUGUAAUGCAUGGCAAUUAUAGGUAAGGGUUAGUGUCCAGGCACAUCUGUCACACCUGCCCAUGGUCUUUUUAUGAUUAUUGUUUUAUUUUUUGGGGGAGAAAUGGUUUCUCUUUCCUCUUAUUGUUGGUGGUUUUCUAGUGUUACAGUUAGGUGUAAUUUAGUGACGUUAGAUCAUUUGGGUGUAAUUUUGUAUUUGUCAUGAUAUUUUUUGGUGUUAAAUUGAAAUAUCAGAUAGGUUUUUUUUUUUUUUAA